CCAUGUCAUUUUUUUCCCCCUAUUCUGGCCUUGAGUAUAUUUGCUGACUGUUCACAUGAAGGAGGCCACUUUAAUCUGUUGUCUGGUUUAAAUGGAUUUUCUUCCAAAUCCAUUUAAGGUUUGGAUCCUUGUAGACUGGUUAUGAACUCAGAACAAAUGAAAGGAUAUGUCAUCAUUUGGACUGUAUCAUACUAUAUUGAAAAUGUGCCUCAGCACCAUAAAGGCAGGUAUACAAACCUCUAGUUCCAUUAGGGGAAUCUGGACAUGCCUGCACAGAGUCCUGACCUGGUCCCUUUGAACACCUUUGAGGUGAAUGGGACCGCCGGCCUUAUCAUCCAACGUCAGCCCCCAACCUCACAGUGCUCUUAUGGCUGAAAUGACAGCAAAUCCCUGCCAUGUUCCAAAAUCUUGUGUAGAGCCCAUCAAGAAGAGCGGCUGCUUCUGUAGCAGCAGAUUUAUGCCCAUGGUUUUGGAUAUAGAUGUUGAACAAUCACACAAGUGUAAUGUUCUGUCCACAUACUUGAUACAGCAUACAGUAUGUUGGACAGUCGUUUUCCAGGUGUCCAAAAUGGCUUUACUUAAUUAUGCGCCACAACUCACCCAGUUACACUGAUUUGGCACUGGGUACUGAACCUGCUGGAGGAGCCAAAUGGAGCCUACUGCUCAUUCAAACCAGCCAAGUGUGCACACCCCAAAAAUUGGACAACAAAAUGUGAUGCCACUUGUUCACAUUUCCUCACUUUUUUACCCCCAUUUUUUCACUGCCCAAUGGAGGGGAUCCAGACCGAGUCUGGCAGAGCAAAUUAAAGUAGCUCCCGGAAUUCGUCUGGGUCCAUUCAUACCUGCAUCACUGUCCCAAACCUACUGUAGCCAAAUUCGGUGGCUAUGUAUUAGCAAAGCCGGCUCGUAUUCGGCUAUUCUGGUGCUGGUGAAUCAAUGAGUGCACCAACACGGAACUGCAGGCAUGCUGUCCUGGCUGGUUACUGGCUACAGAAUUGGAUGAAAUAUAUAUUUUUUUAAUUCUCUGCUGAUCUAUGCAGAGAAGUGUGUUUGGUGAACUGUAGUUUGCCGAGGCUUGGACAGGACGGGAUUAGUUCACGAAAUAUCAAAAACAUACAAUGCAUCCUGCACAUCAAACAAACUGACUGUUUGAUCCAACUGUCUGUUGUGAGGUGGGUUAAAAAGCAAAAAGAAAAAAAUGCAUUGACGUUCCUUGCAUUUAAAGAGUCGUUUGCAGAAAUACUUCCAGGAUUCACCUGGGCACAUUCGCUAACAUGCAACCUGGAGAGGCAUGUUAGAUUUAUGUGACGACAAAGAUGGCUUGGUUGGAAAAAAUGCUGCUGGGUAAAGGAGGUAAAGUCAGCAUUUAGCUGUUUUUGUAACAAGAUGGAUGUUACAGAGGUUCAUGACUGCAAUGCCUCACGAGGCAUUCACCUGAAGACUACAGCACAGCAACAUCAAAGAUACAGAAGAUUGCAUCCCAUGUUUGUUUGAAAGGGAUCAUUUCCGUUGUGAUGUAAGUAGAGCAGAGUUUGAACUUGAAGUGUUCAAAUGCAGAUUUCUGAGUUCAAUAUGUAAACUGGAGAGUUCAGUGCGUUUUUGGCUGUACAUACAGUACAGCGGUCUCAACUUAUUUCUUCCCUCACACUGGUUGCCCCUACAUAUGAAGAGGAAAUGAGAUCAUCCACUAAGAAGAUUAAAGGAGGGCUUGCAGUCAGAAAACAGUCCAUACUGGAAUUUAAGGACAUUUUACAAUAUCUGGAUUACCUGAAGCUCGACGAACCCAUCAUCGGUUUGAGCUGUUUGGAAGAAGUGCCAUCUACUGACCCACAAGCAGGCCUCAGAUACUCAUGUAGGCUAUGUCAUCUGAUAUCAAACCUACCAGAAAUGGUCCACCAUUUGAUCGGGCGCAAACACAGGCAGAAAUAUAUGGAAGUGAACCGGCCGGACUUGGUGACCUGGGAUAAACAAGCUAUAUUGAACCAAGGAGGAAAGAUAAUACGAGCAAGAGCAGAAAUAAUAGAGAGACAAGAUGGACGAGGAAAUCCAGCACCAUUAGCAAAAAGAGGGAAUGAAGGCAACACAUCAAGAGUUCCCUCAAGGCAGAAGCAAAACAGGAACCAAAAUAUUGCGAAGAGUUUGACCCAACACAAUAUACCACCACUCAUACCAAAACAAAAGGACUAUGGGGAUGAGUACUCUGACCAAGGGAGGUAUCCCCCAAUGUACCCAAAUGCGCCCCCAUUCAACCCGGAUGAACCUUACGUGAGCAGAGACAGACAGACGUACCAACAGCAGGAUAGUCUCAGCGAUGCACACGUGGAAGAGGAUCAGCGCAGUGCAGAUUACAGGGACAGUAACAUGUACAGGCGAGAAUACAAAGACCCUGAUAAUUGUUUGGAAUAUGAAGAGGAAUAUGUUGAAGAGCCACAAGGAAGAGCCACGCAUGAGCCAGGUGGUGCUGCCAGAUAUGAUCCUUGGGAAGAGGAGCAAGUGCCCCAUGGCCAGUCUCAACAGGAGGAGUAUUACCCAGAGGAGGCACCCCCUUACAGAAGACCCCAACCAAAAAGAGAUCCUCUGAAAGAGUUCUACUCUGAGGAAGUUCGUCGACGGCAAGUCCGUUCUGAGCAAGAACCCUCACAGCCGGUUUACCGAGAAGAUAAACGGCAGUGGUCUCUGGACAGAGAAUCUGGUAGACAUGACGGUAUGAAUACAGCCAGUAGACCGGGAUCGAGUGAACCAGAGGCCAAGAGCAGGAGGUUUCCAACACCUAUGGAGAGUGACCGAUCACAUCUUCCUUUGUUUAAUUUUAUCAAAGACUAUCAGCACAGAAUGCGAGACCCAUGCAAAGAGGUAACAGUUUCUAACUCUGGGCCAAGCAGAACAGGAGCCCCUUCCUCCCAUAGGCGAAUGGAAGUCACCAAAACCAUGUCCGACAUCCCAGAGCCUUUCAUGCGCUUUCUGACGGGCGCCGCUAACGAUGAGGAACAUGGCAAAAGAAAAAGAAAAAGUCGCUUCUCUGAUGCCACUGCAGAGGAGGUGGAGAUGACGAAGGAGAUAUUCACGGAUGAUUAUGAACCUCCAAAUCCAAAGUAUGGCGGUCAUCAUAGACCAGGUGCUUUGCCACUGAGACCUGAAAUCCAUGCACCACAAUAUCCUGACCUCUACACCGAAUCACAGAACCUGCAUCAUACUGAAAGCUACCACAGAGAAAUCCCGGGGUCAGAGGGUGUCUUUGAUAUGCUGAAAGGCAUUGACAUUGAGAAUGCAGAAGAAGCUGACUUCCUGAAGAAGAAACUUUGCAGCCUUCUGAAAGAAUUUAAGUCCAAAAAAUCAGAGAAGACUAUGCAAAAUAGCCAAGAUGGAGCAGUCCUCAGGAACGAUUACAACAGCUUAAAGCCGGACACACCGCUUUUUCCACGACACCAGUAUGAGAGAACUCUCACAGAAGACUCCGACCGUAGACGACCACAAGACUUGCAUUUCAAGGAUGAUCCGAGAGGACCAGGCUGGAAGCAGCAUGAGUUUAUACCUGAUGAACGGCUUCAAGAUUACCAUCAAUCUGCAGGCAGGGAACCUGGACACUCAAACAGAAGCCGUUAUGAAGAGGCUUUUGGGUGCCCUGGAAAGUCUCAGAGUCCACGCGUUUCCUAUUCCAAUGAGCCACAUCAUACUGAAAGGUUUCAAGCACCCAUGCGCCCUCAUGGCUAUCGACCUGCUGCUGAGGAGUAUUUCGUCUCCCACUCUCCUUCAACUCCCCUGCGCAUGGUAGAUGAACCUAGGAUGCAUAGGGGCCCUCGCUACUCCAACAACCUGGACAAAAUAACCUCCACCCUCCUGGAACUUGUGUCAAGGAAAUAAGCAUUAGAUUUCUGUUGAUGUUCUGAAUGGAAUACUUUAAUGUAAAAAUGUGAUUUGAUGUUAAAUUUCUUCAUUCCUUUUUUAAGAUGUUUGCUGUAGACUUUAAUGAAGACCUGGGUUCUUGAUAUUUUUUUUUUAAAAGACAAAUUAAAAGGUUUGUCUACUGUA